GCCCGAGUGGGCGGUUGCUCACGGACCAGACGUCCGAAGCCCAGUGAGCUUACACACGCCGGCUCUCUCGAACCCGAACGUACCCGCUGCCUCUCCAGGCGCUCCCGAGAGCCGUCACGCUAGUGCGCCUGCGCGCCGGACGGUCCACGAGCCUCGCGGCUCUCCUCGAGCCGGCCGCCUGCACGACGGUUCCUGCCGCGCUUCCCGCCCGGCCCCUCGGCUCGGCAGCGCACCGCCUGGCAGCAUGUCGCGGCGGCGGCACAGCGAUGAGAACGAUGGUGGACAGCCUCACAAAAGGAGAAAGACCUCUGAUGCAAAUGAAACUGAAGAUCAUUUAGAAUCUUUAAUAUGCAAAGUAGGAGAAAAGAGUGCCUGCUCUUUGGAGAGCAACCUAGAAGGCUUAGCUGGUGUUUUAGAAGCUGAUCUUCCUAACUACAAGAGCAAGAUCUUGAGGCUUCUUUGUACAGUUGCACGUCUGUUACCUGAGAAGUUGACAAUUUAUACAACAUUAGUGGGACUACUCAAUGCCAGAAAUUACAACUUUGGUGGAGAAUUUGUAGAAGCUAUGAUUCGUCAACUUAAAGAAUCACUGAAAGCAAACAAUUACAAUGAAGCUGUAUAUUUGGUCCGCUUUUUAUCUGAUCUUGUGAAUUGUCAUGUGAUUGCCGCCCCAUCAAUGGUAGCUAUGUUUGAAAAUUUUGUAAGUGUAACUCAGGAAGAAGAUGUGCCUCAGGUGCGACGAGACUGGUAUGUGUAUGCAUUUCUGUCAUCUUUGCCCUGGGUUGGAAAGGAAUUGUACGAAAAGAAAGAUGCAGAGAUGGACCGCAUCUUUGCCAACACUGAAAGCUACCUUAAAAGACGCCAAAAGACUCAUGUGCCCAUGUUACAGGUAUGGACUGCUGAUAAACCACAUCCACAAGAAGAGCAUCCUGUGUGAAGCACUACAGCACAAUCUGCCUCCUUUUACACCACCUCCUCACACUGAAGAUUCAGUGUACCCAAUGCCAAGGGUCAUCUUCAGAAUGUUUGAUUACACAGACGAUCCUGAGGGUCCUGUUAUGCCAGGAAGUCAUUCAGUGGAAAGAUUUGUAAUAGAAGAGAAUCUUCACUGCAUCAUUAAGUCUCAUUGGAAGGAAAGGAAGACCUGCGCUGCACAGCUAGUGAGCUAUCCCGGGAAGAACAAGAUCCCCUUGAACUACCACAUAGUUGAGGUGAUAUUUGCAGAGCUUUUUCAACUUCCAGCACCCCCUCACAUUGAUGUGAUGUAUACUACACUUCUCAUCGAACUGUGCAAACUUCAACCGGGCUCUCUACCCCAAGUUCUUGCACAGGCAACUGAAAUGUUAUAUAUGCGUUUGGACACAAUGAAUACUACAUGUGUAGACAGGUUUAUUAAUUGGUUUUCUCAUCAUCUAAGUAACUUUCAGUUCCGUUGGAGCUGGGAAGAUUGGUCAGAUUGUCUUACUCAAGAUCCUGAAAGUCCUAAACCAAAGUUUGUAAGAGAAGUUCUAGAAAAAUGUAUGAGGUUGUCUUACCAUCAGCGUAUAUUAGAUAUUGUUCCUCCUACCUUCUCAGCUCUAUGUCCUGCAAACCCAACCUGCAUUUACAAGUAUGGAGAUGAAAGUAGCAAUUCUCUUCCUGGACAUUCUGUAGCCCUUUGUUUAGCUGUUGCCUUUAAAAGUAAGGCAACCAAUGAUGAAAUCUUCAGCAUUUUGAAAGAUGUACCAAAUCCUAACCAGGAUGAUGAUGAUGAUGAAGGAUUCAGUUUUAACCCUUUGAAAAUAGAAGUCUUUGUACAGACUCUGCUACAUUUGGCAGCUAAGUCGUUCAGCCAUUCCUUCAGUGCUCUUGCAAAGUUUCAUGAAGUCUUCAAAACCCUUGCUGAAAGUGAUGAAGGAAAGUUACAUGUGCUAAGAGUUAUGUUUGAAGUCUGGAGGAACCAUCCACAGAUGAUUGCUGUCCUAGUGGAUAAGAUGAUUCGUACGCAGAUUGUUGACUGUGCUGCAGUAGCAAAUUGGAUCUUCUCUUCAGAACUGUCUCGUGACUUCACUAGAUUGUUUGUUUGGGAAAUCUUGCACUCGACAAUUCGUAAGAUGAACAAACAUGUUUUGAAAAUCCAGAAAGAACUAGAAGAAGCAAAAGAGAAACUCGCAAGGCAGCACAAACGGCGAAGUGAUGAUGAUGACAGAAGCAGUGACAGGAAAGAUGGGGCUCUUGAGGAGCAAAUAGAAAGACUGCAGGAAAAAGUGGAAUCUGCUCAGAGUGAACAAAAGAACCUCUUCCUGGUCAUAUUUCAGCGUUUUAUCAUGAUCUUGACUGAGCACCUAGUACGAUGUGAAACUGAUGGGACCAGUGUGUUAACACCAUGGUAUAAGAACUGUAUAGAGAGGCUCCAGCAGAUCUUUCUACAGCAUCACCAGAUAAUCCAGCAGUACAUGGUGACCCUGGAGAACCUUCUUUUCACUGCUGAAUUAGACCCUCAUAUCCUGGCUGUGUUCCAGCAGUUCUGUGCCCUGCAGGCCUAAGGGUUAUUUUUCCCCCUCUUGUCAAGAUUUUUUAAAAAUAUCUUAAAAUAAUUUGUCUUAUUUUUGAUGGCUUGAAUGCUUGCUUUCUUGUAGUAUCCUUUCACUUCUUAAAGGAAACAAAAGGACAGUGAAGUAUAUGACUUUACUUUUAAUUGCUUCUAAAAAGGAAAUAUCAACUAAUGACAGUAAUGUGAAAACAGCCAUGAUGUAUUAUAUAAACGAUACAACUUUUCUGUGAUCAAUUUGGUAUUUUUUCUUUUUAAGGCACAAAAUAACUGAUUUAAGGUAUGUGAUACAUUAGAGGUCAAGCUUACAUAGUAUAUAGAACUGAUGGAUUUGUUACCAAGUAGCAUAGCCUUUGACAGCUUGUGGAUAACUUAACAUGGCUGAAAUAAAACUAAAAGUAUGUUUUUUAAA